UACAAGAAUGAGCUUUUUAUAUGGACAGAACAACAUCGUGGGUCAGAUAAACAGAAGGCGCCCUCCUCUAGAAAUGGCCACCAAAUCUCUGCUUUAUCUGUUUGUCUGUGUGACUCUAGUAUGCAGUGCUCCUUCUCAAGAGAGGACAGAGGAGUACAAAUGUUACUCCUGCACAAACUUCAAAGAAAGUGACGGGUGUAAUCGAACUGUCGUCUGCCAAACAGGCCACGAGCACUGUGUUACUCAGCGACAUUACAAUGUAGACGGUUCAGUUCUUGUAAGCAAAGGAUGCUCUCAUAUGCAGACAUGCAUGAAUAAGGAGGAAAACAAUGAAGAAGAAUGCUAUGGAGGCGAUAGGACUGGUUUUGAGGGCACUUGUACCUGGUGCUGCGACGGAAGCUUAUGUAAUGCGGAGGGAAUAGAGGAAGACCAACGAUUGAAAGCUGAAGACGAAGUUGUUGUAAAGAAGCCUAAUACAAAACCUAAUACAAAACCAACCACGGGCGGAAAACCUAACCAAAAGCCACCGACAGGUGGAAAACCAAAUUCAAAGCCUCCAACGGGAGGAAAGCCUAAUAAUAAACCACCAACUGGCGGAAAACCUAAUCAAAAACCACCAACAGGAGGAAAGCCUAAUCCAAAGCCGACAACUGGUGGAAAACCUAACCAGAAACCACCAACAGGUGGAAAACCCAACAAUAAACCCCCAACGGGACCAAACAAACCAAAUUCAAAACCAACUACAUCUCCUGGUGGAACGAAUGGUAGACCUGGUAGGCCUGGUAGACCUGGAUCUAAUGGUUCUCCAGGAAAACCGGGAUCUAAUGGGAAUUCAGGGAAACCAGGAUCUGGUGGUUCUGGAGGAAACGGUGGAAAUGGGGGAUCUGGAGGAAAUGGCGGCACAGGGGGAACGGGGGGAAAUGGUGGUAAUGGAGGAAACGGGGGAAGUGGUGGUAAUGGAGGUAAUGCUGGAAAUGGAGGAAGUGGUGGCAAUGGAGGAAAUGCAGGAAAUGGUGGGAAUGGAGGAAGUGGAGGCAAUGGAGGUAAUGGAGGAACUGGUGGCAAUGGAGGUAAUGCAGGAAAUGGUGGCAGUGGAGGAAGUGGUGGCAAUGGGGGUAAUGGAGGUAAUGCAGGAAAUGGUGGGAAUGGAGGAAGUGGUGGCAAUGGAGGUAAUGGAGGAACUGGUGGUAAUGGCGGUAAUGCAGGAAAUGGUGGCAGUGGAGGAAGUGGUGGCAAUGGGGGUAAUGGAGGUAAUGCUGGAAAUGGCGGCAGUGGAGGAAGUGGUGGCAAUGGAGGCAACGGAGGAAGUGGUGGUAAUGGAGGUAAUGCAGGGAAUGGCGGCAACGGGGGUAAUGCAGGAAAUGGAGGAAAUGGUGGUAAUGGAGGAAAUACAGGAAGUGGUGGCAAUGGAGGUAAUGCUGGAAAUGGAGGAAAUGGUGGGGCAGGAGGCAAUGGAGGUAACGGUGGCAAUACAGGCAAUGAAGGGUCAGGUAAUAAUGGAGGAAAUGCAGGAAGUGGUGGUAAUGGGGCUAAUGGUGGAAAUGGAGGAAACAAUGGUAAUACUGGGAAUGGAAAUAAUGGAAAUGGAGGUAACAAUGGCAAUGGUAACAAUGGAAAUAAUGGUGGUAAUGGGAAUAAUGGUGGCAAUGGAAACAAUGGUGGCAAUGGAAACAAUGGUAAUAAUGGAAAUGGUAACAAUGGAAAUUCUGCAGCACAAUGCCACGUCCAUAACGGACAAAUCUGUUGUCAAAAUCAUGGGAAUCAAAAUGGAGGACAGGGUGGAAUUGAUUUAGAUAUCCAUAUUCACAUUGGAGGGUUGCUACUAGGAGGCGGAACCUGUCCUAAAUGUCAGAAUCAGAUGACAGCGAAUGGAACAAUUGGUCAGAAUAAUGCAGGAAAAACUCAACAUUCCACGUCAUCUCCAGUCACAAAUCAAGCGACAACUUCUAAAGCGACCACAGUGUCACAGGCAGCGACAACUACACAAGCGCCAACAACAUCACAAGCGCCAACAACAUCACAAGCAGCAACAACAUUGCAACCAGCGACAACUACACAAGCGCUAACAACAUCACAGGCAGCAACGACUACAAAGGCGCCAACAACUUCCCAGGCAUCCACUAAGCCUCAAACAAUUACAACUACACAAAUGAAAACAACAACAGAUAAAAAGACAACAGCUACAACAAAAAAGCUGUCCACGACCAAAUUACCACAAAAAUUCCACACAACAAAUACAUCACCGACAAUUAAACAGAAAACGACAUCUCAGGCCGCGACAACAGCAAAAGUGGAUACAACCACACAAGCAGCAAUAUCUAAAACAGCAACAACCACACAAAAUCCAACAUCACAAGCUGCAACAACAUCAAACUCAGCUACUACUACACAAAAAUCAACAUCACAAUCAACAACUUCAAAGGCAGCGACAACAACAGACACUACUACAACUAAACAAGCCAUAACUACUACACAAGCUGCAACAACCAAUCAAGCAGCGACAACGACACAAUCAGUGACAACCACAAACACACCUACAACAGCACAAAAAGCUACGACUACAGAUAAAAAGACAACAACAAAUAAAUUAACAAUUAAACCUUCUAAUAAAGUUCAUACUACAGUUGCUCAGACCACCACAAAUCCAUCUACAACUUCUACACCAUCAACAACAAAUCUUCCAUCGACAACUGCGACACAACCAACUUCAAAAACCACAAUAGGAAAGAAAACUACCAUGACAACAAAGAAAAUUUCGACCACCAAGGCCCCCGUGACCACAAAUCAGCCAACAUCCACAGUUAAUGCUACACAGACCACAGCAACAACCACCCAUAAACCUGAUUUCCAAUGUUAUACGUGUAAGGAUCAAACCUGUCAGACGCAAGAAUUAACGACAUGUUCUAGCGGGUCACACCAUUGUUUAUCGUCUGUGAAACAGGACAACCAAGGGGGCCGUAUAGUUACCAAAGGAUGUGUAACUGAGGAUGUUUGUAAAAAGGAAUGGUACCAGAAGACUGCCCCUAACCCUGACUGUAUUCUCAGUAUGGACGACAACCCCUCUGGGUUCCCCAACAUGAAGAUGACGUGUAGCUUCUGCUGUGUCGAGAAGGAAUGUAACCGUCACGUGGUCCCAACGUUUACCUCACUGUACUCAACAAGGAGGAAGCGGAACAACUGAUUAAAUUCCUCUUAUUAUCCUUAAUAUGAACAAUUAUAUCAUUCAUAGACAUAAAUUGUUUUGUUGCUCUUCUAGAAUUUAUACAUUAUCUGAACGACUGGUAUAUUUUCUUAUUCCUUUGUCGAAGGAU